CAGGUACUGAGGUCGCAGGUGCCCCAGCCGGCCUCUGCGACUGACAGGUGGUGGUUACCUAUCCCUGCCGCGAUUACAUCACAGCCGUCCAUGGCAGCAGCAGUGACAGCUGCACCAAGCUCCAUCCGCAACUAGCAGCAGCUCCUGCUUGCUGCGCGGCCGACUGACAGGUCUGCACACCAACGUACUUCCUCUGCCCCCUUUUGCCGUGCAGACAAUCUUCCCUCUCGAACACGCCACGAGCCGGUGAACCCCUCUCAUCCAGUCUCCCCCGCAGAUCACGACCCGGUCACUCAGCGGUUCCGCCGCUCAUCACCCUCGUCGCCAUCGUCGCUCACCCCUUCCAUCCGUUGCUGGCGACUCGCCGUCUGCUCGCCCACCCGCGCGCUCACCAUGAGCGUCCUCACCUGGCUCGGCCUCCGCCGCAGCGACCGCUUCGACAGCCCGACGCUGCUCGACCACCUGCUCUCAUCGCCCCUAACGUAUCUCGUGUCGCGCUUCUACCACCUCGCGCUCUUCCUGCGCGGCACGCCCUUCUACCCGCCCCGCGGCCGUGCGCCCAUCCGCGUCGUCUGCAUCUCCGACACCCACGAUCAGGUGGUCAAGAUCCCCGCUGGCGACAUCCUCAUCCACGCCGGCGACCUGACCAACGACGGCUCCGCCUUCUCCAUACAGAAACAGCUCGACUGGCUCAAGGCCCAACCUCAUCGCGUCAAGGUCGUCAUCGCAGGCAACCACGAUAGCUUCUUUGACCCCGAGGCCCGUUCCGACGAUGAUGUGCGCGCCGGGGCCACUCUCGACCUCGACGGCCUGGUGUACCUCCAGGGCGAGCUGACGGUGCAGGAAAUCAAGGGCCGGAGCAUUGCCAUUUUUGGCGCGCCCGACAUUCUUGAGUGUGGUCCCAAGAACUUUGCGUUUCAGUACACGCCAGAUUGUAAGCCCUGGCUUAGCAAGGUGCCGCUCCAGACCGACAUACUCGUCACCCACGGACCUCCGAAACACCAUCGUGAUCUCGACCUUGGCUGUCCGGAUCUUCUCCGCGAAGUCUGGCGCGUCCGGCCGCGCCUGCACGUCUUCGGACACACGCACUGCGCCUACGGCAAGGAGGCGGCCUAUUUCGACGACUUGCAGCUCGCCUACGAGCACCUUCUUGCCCGUCCCCGUCGUGGCCUGCUCGGUGACCUCAUCCCCAGCGGGACGUGGGUCGACGCUGCAAAGGUCGUCUUCCACGGCAUCCACAGCGUCCUAUGGAAGUGGCUCAUGGGCGGACCGCGGAGCAACCAGGGCAGCCUCAUGGUCAAUGCAGCGCAAAUGUACAAGAACUCGGGCCACGCGCGGAGCAGGGCCAUUGUAGUCGAUAUUUGACCCUUUCUUCCUCGUCAGCCCUUCCCUGACUCACGGGACUAGCAGUAGCAGUAGGAAGGCAGUAGGCGCCCUCGUCUUGUAGAGUAUUAGCGACGGUGAUGGUGGUGUUUUAUCAAUACGCAUUGGACGAAUGGUUGGCAAUGUUUGAAGCCAACGCGGAGGGAGACGCAGCGAUGCCCUUUUUGUACUUCUUUCGAUUGGUAAUUCUAAGUAGAUGUCUAUCUUGCUGAUGCUCUCAGGUACUCUAGGGCG